CAGUCACAAAUCAGAUUGCUCCUGUGUUCAGAACGAAAAUAAAGCAGCCCUUCCCUGUUCAGAACAAAACUAAAGCAGUAGUGGGAUUCUUUGCACCCACUAAAUCUUUGUUGAAUCAGAUUGCUCCUCUGUUCAGAACAAAAAUGAAGCAGCCCUUCCCUAUUCAGAACAAAACUAAAGCAGUAGUUGGAUUCUUUGCACCCAAUAAAUCUUUGUUGAAUCAGUUGCAGACUCUGCUGCCAGUCUAUGUGGCAUCAUAUUUGUGGAGUUCAUCAUGUGGUUGUAUUAAUAUGUGCUGAAUGACAGGUCCUGCAAGGAACAAAUUCAUUAUGCAUCCCACUUUAGUAAUAGCUACUUCUUGGGGCUCUGUGCAGCACUAGCUUUUAAAAAAAAAAUGGUUUUGAUGUCCGAUUGUUGCAAGGGAUUUUGUCUUAGAAAGUUGUUUGGAAGGUUUCAAUUUUUCAGUGUGUUAGGAAACUUUGAGUUGAGAAAGGUUGAGUUGGGCUCUGUGCAGCAUAAGUCAUGGAUCUCCAGGUUGUUUUCUACUAAAACUCAUCCAGAAAGGUUGAGUUGGGAAAGUUCAUCUCAUGCCAUUCUGUUGAAGAAGAUUGAAUCGGCUUUGAAAGGUCAUCAAGUGACUGAAGCAUUAGCAGCUUUUACUGACUUUAAAAGUUUAUAUGGUUUUCCCAACCGUUCUGUUUUGAGUAGGCUGGUCUCGGAGCUUUCGUACUCUUCUAAUUCGCACUGCCUUCAAAGAGCAUGUGAUUUAGUACAUUUGAUCUCAAAAGAAAAAUCAGGUUUACUUCAUCCUGAUAUACUGACCAAAUUGUCACUAUCUUUAGCAAGAUCUCAGUUGCCUGAGCCUGCUUCAGGGAUUCUUAGGUUGAUGCUGCAGAAAGACAAUUUGCCAUCAAUGGAAGUACUGCAGUUAGUUGUGCUGCAUAUGGUGAAGACAGAGAUUGGGACAUGUCUUGCUUCCAACUUUUUAGUUGAGAUUUGCAACCGUUUCCUACAAUUAAGUAUAAUGAAAAAUGAUCAUGCAAAUCUGAUGAAACCCAAUACAAUGAUCUUUAACCUUGUGCUUGAUGCAUGUGUGAGGUUUAAAUUCUCUCUCAAAGGCCAAGAAAUUAUGGAGCUCAUGUCACAAACUGGUGUGAUUGCUGAUGCACACUCUAUUGUUAUUAUUUCCUGUUUACAUGAAAUGAAUGGUCAAAGAGAUGAGUUGAAAAAAUUCAAAGAUUAUGUUGAUCAAUGUUCAGCUCCAGUUUAUUAUUACCAGAAGUUCUAUGCAAGUUUGUUGAGUUUGCACUUUAAGUUUGAUGACAUGGAUGCUGCUGCUGACCUUGUCUUAGAUAUGUGUGGGAACAGGGACUCUUUUCCUAUUAAAAGAGCGAGGACAAACUCCCAAAAGCCUUGCCUUGUGCCAAUUGGACCCUCCAAUCUUAAAGCAGGUUUGAAACUACAGGUUGUGCCUGAACUGCUGCAAAAGGACUCUGUUCUUGCCACAGAUGAUCACCAAGACCUUGUCACAUUUAGGAAUGGCAGACUUCUUCCAACUAACAAGGCUCUGGCAAAACUCAUCUAUGGUUACAAGAGACAUGGAAAGACUGCUGAGCUGUCAAAGCUUUUAGUCAGCAUUCAAAUGUUGUUUCAUUCACUGGGUGGAUCCAACUUAUGUUGUGACGUUAUUGAUGCAUGCAUCCGUUUAGGUUGGCUGGAGGCUGCCCAUGACAUCUUGGAUGACAUGGAAUCAGCUGGGAAUCCCAUGGGCUGUGCUUCAUAUAAAUCACUUUUGAUAGCUUAUUACAAAGCAAGUAUGCUUAGGGAUGCCAAAGCCUUGGUAAAACAAAUGAAAAAGGCUGGUCUAGAAAUAGAUUUAUCUGACGGAAUUGAUGCCUCUGCAUGUCUAUCUGAGGUAAGCAACAAAUACCCAUCUUCUUCGGUAGGUAAAUCAGAGUUGAUUGACUGUUUGGUGGAAAAAAUUAAAGAAAAGAAGGAAAUUCUUCCUAUGGUUUAUGAGUUAAAUUCGUCUCUUUACUUUUUUUGCAAAGCAAAAAUGAUAGAGGAUGCUUUGAAGACCUACCGCCGAAUGGAAGGAAUGAAAUUCCAACCUAGUGGGCAAACAUUUGCUUUUUUGAUAUAUGGAUUUUCUUCCUUGGGAAUGUACCGUGAAAUUACAAUUUUGUGGGGGGAUAUUAAAAGGAAUGUGGAGAAUGGGACUCUAAUGUUGACCAGGGAUUUGUAUGAGCUCUUGCUAAUGAAUUUUAUUCGAGGUGGUUACUUUGAGAGAGUGUUGGAGGUUAUUGGUUGCAUGGAAAGGUGUGGCAUGUGCACUGACAAGUGGAUGUAUAAAAUGGAGUUUCUAAAUCUUCAUAAAAACCUAUACCGGAGCCUAAAAGCAUCAGUGGGUAGAUCUGAGGUUCAAAGUAAGAGGAUUGAACAUGUUCAGGCAUUUAGGAAGUGGGUUGGCAUUGACUAAAAUUUUGCUAAAAGUCUUCAAGUCUAUUGAAUAUUCCAGAGGAACGGUCUAGGUGAUUUAGCAUUUUUAUGCAAGCUUUCACCUGCAUAGAGGAAAGUUUUUUUUUUUUGUGGGACCUGAAACUUGUACAUUUCGGCCUUUGUUUUCUAUACACAAUCAGAGUAGGGAGAAUCGAUGAUUGAUUUAGCCCACAAUACUUUUUUUCUCUCACAACCCAAAUGGUGUUUGAUACCAUAUCUUCCUAAUUGAAUUUAAUUAUUCUCAACAACAUUCUGAAGGGGAUAACAUUCUGAAAUUCAAGCCUUAUUUGGAAACUAAAUUCUUUUCAGCAAUUGCUAAAGAGUAAAUUAUUUACUCUUUUCACCAGAGAAUCAGAUACUUUUGGUGGACGCUAUUUGCUCUUUCGCCGGGCAAGUAAGUACAUAUUAUUUUCCCAGACAUGAAUUUUACUAGCAUUAAUGUGAGUUAUUUAACUGUUUUUUAUUGGAAUAAUCAGUUUUUAGAUGCCCAAUGGUCAUCAAGUUUACUCCUCUCUCUCUCUCUCUCUCUCUCUCUCUCUCUCUCUUCUUUUCUAAAGUCUUAUUCUACUUUUUCUGAAAUGAUCAGGAAAUUUGGAAUGUGGAAACACAAUUUGCCAUCUCGUUAUUCAUGUAAUGUCUAAUGUAGUAGACACAAUUUGCCAUUCCCUAAUUCAAGAUUCUAAAUUCCAUCACUACAGGUUGAUGCAUGACCUUCAAUUACAGAUACGGCAGCUUAUUUAGCAUGUCAUUAUCAUUAGUCUUUGUGCACCGAAAUACAUGUACAAUCAUAUUCGGAAUAUUUAGUACUUAAUAUUCCUGGGGACUCCUGGAAGUUUGAUUAAUGUAACACUAGCAGUUUCAAACUUUGCCCAUUAUCUGAAAGCUCUUUGAGAAACAUAAUCUUAAUGCUCAACCUGCUGUAUUGUGAAUUCUUCUUGUGUUCUUAAUCUAAAAUUUUUAACUCGAUGAGUAAUAUGAAUCACUGCCUUUCUGAUCUUGCCCACAUAUUCAAAUUGAGGGAAAUUUGUGUCUCAGUUUAUGUUGCCUCCUUUCCAGCAAAUACGAACUAUUUAUCUCUGUCAGUUAUGUGAUCAUUCCCUCUUCUCUGCUACUGGAUUGUAUGUACUUAUUGACAUUCUUGUGCCUGCCCGCAUGACUUGCCAUGUCUAGACAGUCAUGAUUUUCUUGUAGUAUCUCUAUCAUACAUAUGCACAUUAUACUGACUGCACCUUUUGUUAAAUGUGCCAUUCCAAGAGUUGUUUGGAACCAGCGUGCUAGCCUGCAGCCACCUCAUGUUCACUAGGAGGAUCAAUCAUUAGGUAACCCGACUGCUCAGCUCCGAGUCAAAUGACAGCAAGGCUGUUAUAGGACCAUGAAUGCCAAUUUGGCAAAGGGUUGGGACCAAAGCUGCACCUCUUGUCCGGAUGAGAGUCAAGAAAGGUUCCAGUUGAGCCAUACCGCAAAGGCCCAGGAUUUUUCAGAGGAUUUGAGAAAGUUGAGAAAAGAAGGGUCGGGUAGGAGGGGAAGGGUUGUGAUGAGAUCUUGAUUCCUUCCAUCAAGCACAGUCCUACCGACAAGGUGCCAAAUCUUGACGGGAGUGGACGUGCUGCCUCUAGAAACUGUUCCAAGCUUCUUUUACGAACAGCUGUCUGUCAAUCUUACCACUAUGAAGGACAUAAUAGAUCAUAUGUAUUUUUUUCAUACACUUUUGGGUGAUUCUCUUUGGGCAGUUGGUGCCAUUGGAAUUCCAUGAAUUAUUGCCAGAGUCAUGAGUAGUGCUCCAAAAUCCGAAAAGAAUAGAGACUUCUAGUUUUUCUUUGGUCCCUAAAUAGACUAAAAUAAUGAUUUGGUCCU